GAGUUUCCGUGUUUAAGAAACUGCGGCGCUCGCGCCCGGACCAGUGUCUGCCUGUGAGAGCAGCCGAGCAGAUGGACCCCUCCACGUUCCUGUACGAUGUCCCCCCGGUCGUCGUCGAGAGGCUCUGUAAAGUCGUGGACAGUGGGGACGACAGCCUCGGAUGGCGCGGACUGGCGGUGCGAGUCCUCCCCAGCCUGCUAGAGGUUCGCAUGCUGGAGCGCCUGGAGGCCGCGGGCCGGAGUCCCACCAGGGAGCUGCUCUGGUCCUGGGCCCAGAAGAACGCGAGAGUGCGGGACCUGCUCCGGGUGCUGCAGGACAUGGGCCACCACAGGGCCCUGCAGCUCUUCCAGAGUCAAGCUCGGGGUGGCCAGCAACGGAGUAAAGAGUCGCCUCCGCCCCCCAGCAGUCAGCACACGGAGGCCGCCCGCCGGAUGCCGGCAGCGCAAGUGCAGGAAUCCCUCCAGCUAGAGGCCGCCUCCUCGAGUCCAGCUUCAAGUCCGGUGAAGUCAGCCGGAGAAAGCCUGCCGCCUGCGGUCACUUUCCGGGACGUGGUGGAAGGAACCAGGGAUUUCCAUUGUGACACAAGGGUCGCAGAGGGCCGCUUCUCCAGUGUCUACAGAGCACGGAUCGGAAACGAAAUGUUCGCGGUGAAGCUUUUCAAACAGAUAAAUAAGGCGUCCUGGAAGAAGCAGUGGGAUAUCUUCAGGAAAGAAGUGGAAGUUCAUCAUCUGCAUAAACAUCCAAACAUCCUGGGCUUGUUGGGCUGUUUCUCCGACGAGGGCCACUACUGUCUGGUCUACCCUUACCUCCCCAACGGAUCGCUUUCCCGCAGACUGCACCACCAGGAUGGAGAGCACCCUUUGUCUUGGCAAGAGCGUCUCACCAUCAUCAAGGGAGUCGCAAAGGCUUUGCAUCACCUCCAUACGGCGCAGCCCUGCCCCGUGAUCUGUGGCAACAUCUCCAGUGAUAACAUACUCCUGGAUGACGCCCUGGAGCCAAAGCUGUCUGACUUUGGGUUGGCUCGCCUACGUCCUCAUUCGGCCACUCAGGACUGCACCAUCACCCUUGAUACGAGUUGCCACAGCAACCUGGGAUACCUCCCCGAGGAGUACAUCCGAGAUGGCAAGCUGUCCUUCAGCCUGGACGUUUACAGCUUUGGAACGGUCAUAAUGGAAUCGGUAACGGGGCGGAAGGUCGUCGUGGACGUGCCGAAACAAACACUGCUGAGAGAUUUGCUAGUCACUGAGGUGGAGGAGAGCGGUGGCGUGGACUCUUGUCUGCGGUUCUUGGACGAGGCGGCCGGUCCGUGGCCGACUGCCGUGGCCCUCAGCCUUCUGGCUCUGGCCUUGGACUGCACCUCCAGCCGCCAACGCCACAGACCGAGCAUGGAGAAUGUGAUUCUGGCAUUGAGCCAGCUGCUCCCUCCGCCGAGAUGCCCGCACGCCGACCAGCCCCACAGCCUGGCUGACGGAGCCCCCGCUAACGCCCAGCAGAGCCCCUCACCCUCCAUACCUGUGGAGCAUGAUGAGCAGUGCAGCCUCCCCGGCUCGCCCACGCAGGCAAGGCCCUGUGAGUGCAGCCAGUCGGAGGUGACAUAUCUGGGCGACGCUAUGGAGGCUCACGGCGAGGCAGACCUGUACAGCAGCUGGCCUGUCCAGUGCAGCUGCCCGGCUGAGACGGGUGGUCUGGCCUGUGAGGACUGCAGGGCCAACGGGUUCACCCCCUACCACACGGAGAGUCCUCAGACUGACUUCGGUGUGGUGGAAAACCCGGCCAAGGAGAGACUGAGGAACAAGCUGAGUCUCUAUGACAGAGGGCUGAUUCACACAGAGGACCUGCUCUCGGAGACGGGGCUGCAGUAGGGAGCAGAACUCCCGUCACGGUCCCGACAACGGGUCAUUUCUGUGGGCUGGUGUGCGCGUGCGCGUGGGCUCGCUAGUGUAGGAUCCCGGUAAGCUACUGUACCCCAGGAACCGUUACUUCUGGGAUCCCCUCUAGAUUCAUAUAUAUUGUGACAGUACAAAUCAACACAACUCAUCACAUCACACUGACACCUGAAAACAUUCGGAUGGUGAACACUGAAGCCUACAAAAUAACAUGACUGGAAAUACUACAAACACUCAAAGACUAACAUAGAUACCAUUUAGUGCUCAAGUGUUAUAGUAGUACAGCAGUUGAAGUAAUUGUAGUAUGGUAAUCAGUAAAGCCCUGAUACAUCCAUUACUCAGUAUUUUUAUUACUAUUAUCAUCAUUAUUAUUAAGGCAUAUUGCCACUACGAUUAUUAGCAUUAUGUUUUAGCAUUAUUUUAUGAUCAUCAUCUGGUUACCAUGGCUAUGACUUUCUGAAACAUUUCUGAAAAACUGAUUUUGAUCACCUCUCUGUGUUAUUACCUGUCUGUUACUCUGUGUUGUUUUUACCUCGUGGGGGGGUUAUUGAUCCUGAACCAGGGGUUUAAGUUUAAAAUGUUCUAUAACGCCAACUCGGCGCUAAUGUUAUCACACCCGGUCAAAUCAAGUUUAAGACCUGCAUCGACAUCAUAUGGUGACUGGUAACACUGUAAAUCCUAUGUAGUGCAUUUGAUACCUAAGCUCGACAGCGGUGGCAAGUGUAUAUAAAGGUACCCUGUAGCGUUUUCACCGCUACCCCCUAUUGCGAAUGUUUUUACGAGUGGCUCCCUGUUUUGUUUGUUCGUUUUAUUCAUGCCGCACAUCUCAAAACAAAAGUCACAAAGUGCUUCACCGCAAAAAAACUGAUUGUUAGAGAGGUACCGCUCACUUAAACGUGUUCUUUUUGAGCCGUACACUAAACGAUAAGACUGUACUGUGUUGAAUCACAUCAGUGCUGUUGUUUCAUGUUGACAUUUCUUAAUAAAGUUAUAA